CUGAAUUUUUCAUCGAUCUUUACGGUAUGAAGUCUCUUUAAACUCCCCCAAUAGAACGCCUUGCCGAUCCACUGUUUGAACGUCGUGGCGAAAUACAGGCUCUUGAAACCCGUGACUUUAAAAUCGGUCCCUUUUCUGAAGGAAUAAACACUGAACGGGUGCGCUGACACGACAAAGAAGAAAGCCAUGGGUUGUUUAGUAGGGUUAGGGAGGAUAUUGAUAGUCAUUAUCAACAUCAUAUUUCUGAUACUUGGUUUAGUGUUCUUUGCCCUGGGACUCGUCUGUCUCGUGGGAGAGUCUAUGCUGAAACCUUACUACCAGAGUGUACUGGAUACACUCAAAGCUCAGCUCGAGUCCAACAACUUUGGUACCAUUGACCUCUCGUCCUUCAACAUCAGCGCCCUGAUCGGGGGCCUGGGCUACUUCUUCGUGGGUCUGGGCCUCUUCCUGCUGAUCAUCACCAUUCUGGGUUGUUGCGGGGCCUGUUGUAAGGUCAAGUACAUGCUGAUCACGUAUGCUGUCAUCGUCAUCGUCAUUCUCGCCGGAGAAAUCGUCUUCAUGGGGAUUCUGUAUGGGUCACCAGACACGAUAAAGGACGAGAUGAAGGGCCCUCUAAAGGCAUCUAUUCAAAGUGAUUACAUGGGAUUUAAUGGCACCAACAUUGUUAGUCUAGGCUGGAAUUUCGCUCACAGACAGUUUUCGUGCUGUGGAGUAGACAGUUACAACGAUUUCACGGGCGGAGUCAAAUGGAACACAAACUACGGUGGCGGGCUGAAGGCCCCGAUCACGUGCUGUAUCACAAUACCUGACUCAGGCACGCCUACCUGUGCCGAGACACCCUCUGACAUAUACACAAAGGGGUGCUUUGAUGAAGUCUACAACAUGUUGCUGGGUAACGUGUCCCUGGUGGCUGGCUCCAUCGCUGGAUGCGGUUGCUUUCAGCUUGUUUUGAUCAUCUUUGCAUUGAUAAUUUUCUGCGACGCCCGACAAUCAUCAAAAGUCAAUCCGAAACAGUAUGAGCGGAACGGGACUUUCAACAAUCCCCCGCCACCAACUCCCUCAGCACCAUCCUAAAACAUACGCAACUUUAUAAACACAAAACGCAAAACUCACAGGAUGCAACUCAGCGCGUUUAGUCAACAGAAUGUUAACUGAAAGGACUGGAAUGGUUACUGAAUAACACAACAACAGUCAGCUUUCAGUCACAUUUCUGUCAUAUUUCAGUUGACUAAAUUGUAGAGUUUCAUCAUGUGACUGGAAUAUACUAGUCACGAAGUAACCACAAUAAACAAGACAGUUUCCGUCCAUUUAUUUAUUAUUAAAGUAAAAAAAAAAUUCAACGAUUUGGAUAACCAUACAGAGGGAAUUUAUUUUCAGGAAAACUAUAGAGAAUUACAGAGACUUCUGUGUUUGUUUGUGACUGUACUGUUAUUAUACUAUUUUGAUAUAUAUUUGCCAGUCAUUUAUCGUCUGCUGAGCAGAAAUUGUUGUAUCCUGUUGAAUUAUUAUGUUUGCAUCUUUUGACCAUUAUCUUGUAUUUAUUUUUGGUAACAUGAAUAAUGAGGGUCCAAUGAUCUGAAAAUGUUAAUCUGUUUAUGCAAUAAAUUGUUUUUUUUACA